AUGAUCAGUUUAUGUGCCCAAUCUCAUUUAUCCACUGCUACUCUAAUCCUUUUCACUUGCAUAUGGAUUCCAUUCCAUCAAAUAAAGCAGGCGUUACUUAUCAUUUUUGGCUUACUCGUCUACGCAUUUUAUCGAGGGGAUAAUGUUCAUCUUCAUCAAGAGCCAAUACAAGUAGUACUAGAUCUUCCCGAGUGCCAAUUUCAAGAUUUGGAUUUGAGCAAAAAUGGAGAGGAUGAUCGUGGCAUUGAAGAAAUUUGUUCUAUUUGUCUGAUGGAGUUUGAGAAUGAAGAUUUAGUAAAUAAACUUCCAAAUUGCAAGCACAUAUUUCACAUUCACUGCAUAGAGAAAUGGCUGGACAGGAAUCAAUUUACUUGCCCUAUGUGCAGGUCUUUACUGCUGCAUGUCAAUGCUUCACCAUGCAAAUUGGAACCUUCUUAUCCACAGCCCGUUAAUGCAUGUUAG